AUGACAGACACCAAGACGGCGCCGCCAACAGCGGCCUCUAGCACAGCACCCCCACCAGCCUACGACGCGACUGUUGGCUCCUCCUCCUCGUCUGCCGCCACACCCUUCCAGACCAGCUUCGCCUCGCUGUCGCUGCACAUGAGCGACCGCCUGCGGCUCGUGCAGUUUCCCGCCGACGACGUGUCCGCCGUGCGCGACGUCCUCCGCGGCGUCUGGCGCGACGGCAUCCAGGCGGAGCGGCCCUACUCCGUCUCGCACGAGUUCAAGCUGCGCGGGCGGCCCUGGUCCGGCAGCGGCACGGGCAGCUACGCCGUGCCCGCCAUGGUGCUCAUGCGCGAGGUCUUUGCGCGGCUCUACGCCCGCGGCUGGGUCCUCACGGCCUCGACGGACAUUUCGCGCAAGGAGUACGACAAGGACACGCUCAUCUUCCGGCGGCAGGGCGGCGAUGGCGUGCUGCCGCCGGCGUCGUGGAUGGCCGUCAGCUUCAAGCAGGGGGACAAGAUUCGGCUGCUGGGCGCGCCGCCGGACCUGGUCGAGGCCAUGGCGGCCAUGCUCGCGCAGAUGCGGCUGCUGCAGGCGCAGACGGUCAAGCCGCAGCAGCACGAGUUCAAGCUCCAUGGGUAUCCGUGGAGCGCGUCGGGCGAGGCGACGAUGCACGCGCGGUUGUUGAUUCUGAGAAUGGUAGAAGUGCUGGAGAGGCAUGGCUGGAGUCUGUAUGCAAGCAUUGAUCAGAACAACGGACCGGGUGGUGAUAGUAGCUAUAGCGAGACGGACUGCUGGUAUUGCGUAAAGUCGUCGGACUGGACACCGGGAAGCAUUAUUCUUCAUCGGUAG